AUGUCUGUACUUCAAGAUUCACCACGGCUGCAAAAACCUCAGGAGCAACAGCAGCAGCAGCUUUCGCUGAAGAUAAAACAAUUGAAGUUAAAAAGAAUCAAUGAACUAAAUAAUAAAUUGAGAAAAGAACUCAGUCGUGAAAGAAUUACCGCAUCGAACGCUUGUCUUACGAUAAUAAACUAUACCUCGAAUACAAAAGACUACGCUUUGCCAGAACUAUGGGGCUAUCCCACGACAGGAUCAAACCAUUUCAGAGAGGGUUUAAAAAAUCAAAAAAAUAGUCAGAUGUCACAUUCAAAUAAUGUUUGCUGUACGAUUAUGUAA